CCGUUGUCGAGUGAGGACGUGCCGCCGCCGGCUCCCGAGUGCCAUCCAUUCCCGCUCGCUGUAAUGCAUUUCGCGAAAAUGCGUCGAUGAGAAAGAUGUGAUUGGAUUUGCGUUAUGUCGUCUCGGUGGCGUGUCUGAAGCCUGUCCCGCGUCUAAUCGAUUGCUAUCGUGCUGUUUUCCUUUGUGGUGGAAGGAUUUUAGGAAGGACCCAGUGAAGGAUUCUCCUUGAAAUGUUGAGAGGCGACCUUUGUUGAUUUGUAAACAAAAGGAUCUUCAGUGAUUUGUAAACAGGACGUCAGGAAUUGAAGGAAAGAUAACGCGAUUUCUCGGUAGCCAUGUUGAUGUGACGUUGCAAGCUUUUUUUCUUAUGGUGGAAAUUAGACCUAUUGUGACACAUCACUUAUCAAGGCAUUAAACAUAAUAAACAUAGGCCUGCUAGGUUUGUCAAGGCAAUUAUGUGCAUAAGUAUAGGCCUUCUUUAUCACCCAAGGUAAUCAUAUGCAUAAAUAUAUAGGCCUACUGCAUUACUCGAGGAUUUUAUGUACAUAAAUCUAAAACACUUCAUAGUUUAGUCAGUGUUGAAAGCUACUCUCAAGAACAAGAUAUUUAAAGCAUAAUGACAAGACUAAAGAAGUUUGUGAUAAGAUUCGUCUAUAGAUUAAAGACCCCGGUUAAUUUCUUAUAAGUGAUCUAUAUAGUAUAUAGUCGAGUUAGGAAUUGGACGGGCGCUGAAAAAACGAAAGAAGAAGAAGAAGAAGAAGAAGAAGAAGAAGAAGAAGAAAACAGUCAAACAUGGUGGAUCUCAGCAGGGUGAAAAUAACGUUUGCUCUCCUGAUUAUCCUGGACCAAGGACCUCCCUCCUGGGGCAAAUACCUCACCUUCGGCUACUAUGGCAGCGGAUACUCCAGCAGUAGUAGCAGUAAAAUCAGCAACAGCAGUAGUAGCCUCCCGUCCCCUCCCACCCAGAGACAGAGGUACAACAUCCAGACCUACAACACAGGUGGCCAAAACGCAGCCAUGGCGGAGGAACAUCACCAGGACCAGGGUUCCCAAGAGCCAGUCGUUCGCCAUAGGCCUAUCCCUUGGAGCCCGAACACGAAGGGCCAUCACCACAUCGGCAUCGCGCCCUACAACCCCAUGGGGGACAGCAGACACUCCUGGGGGAGGAAUUCGUCGGGGCCGAGCUUCGAUCGCACCCUGGAGCAGAACGUCACGGCUAUGAAAGAUGAUAAGGCUUACCUGCACUGCAUCGUGCACAACAUUGGCAAUAAGACGGUGUCGUGGAUCAGGGAGGCCGACCUGCACAUCCUGACGGUGGCUCAGUACACCUACACGGCCGAUGGCCGCUUCGAGGUCAUCCACUCUCCCGGUGUCAAUUCCAGCUCGUGGAUCCUGAAAAUUAAUUCGGUGCAGCCGAGGGAUUCCGGACGCUAUGAUUGCCAGGUCAACACGCACCCAACCGACCCCAUCACCUUCCCUGUCUACCUCUCUGUCUUUGUACCGACGUCGCACAUUCUUGGGUCGUCAGAGAGAUACGUGGACAGAGGGUCAACCAUCAACCUGACCUGCAUUAUCAACCACAACCCAAAAACAGAUACCCAGAUAUUUUGGUAUCAUAAUAAUAAGAUCAUCAACUACGACAACCGCGACAGUCGUGUCAGCGUGAUCACCGACCGCGGGGUCGUCACCAAGACCAUCCUCCUAAUUCACGACGCCCACGACGCUGCUACAGGCACCUACUCCUGUAUACCGUCGCCCAGCGCCGUAGCCUCCGUCAGGAUACACAUCCUUAACGGAGAGAAACCAGCAGCAAUGCAGACAAACGCUGCUUCGAGCCUUCUUCGGUGCGACAGCAGCCUCUUAUUCCUCCUCCUGCUGAGUUACAUCUCCAGCUGCACUCCAAUACGCCACUACUUUCUCUCGCAAACAAUAGCUGCUGCAGCUGCUGCCGCCUCUUCCUGCCUUCUGCAUACAGUCUACACGAGCUAGGGGACUGGAACGCGGCGAAGGGGAGUAGUACAGGAUGUAUUAUCAUGGACUCUGUGCAUAUUAUUACCAUACUUGUUUUUUGUAUCAUACAGUGGUUGGUUUGCGUAACGUUUUCUUUAGCCCAUGCUGUACAUAGGAGAGCUAAGUCCUCAUUUCUACUAUAAGUUACAGGAGGGAUGUUGUGUUGUGUGUGUGUGUAUGUUUUUCUUCUUUUUUUUUUUACUGUGUAAGUGGUAAGUUCCUUCGGGGUACAAAAAGUGAUGAGCUGCGUAGGAAGACCGACUGAUAUGUGAAUGUGCGAGAGAGGAUUCCCAGGAUUGCUCAUCUUGCGAAGAAUGUGUUGCAUGUCUUCUGAAAUGUGGGCGUUAAGGGUUCAUGCUUCGCAUUUGCCUACAAAAAAAAAAUGAUCUAGUUGUUAACCCACCCUGUAUACAUAUACAUAUACACAAAUAAUUGAUGUUGGACGCAUAUUCCACACUCUGAAACCAGGUGCAACACCUAUAAACAGUCUAAGGCCACUUUGCAAUCACUUAUUCACUUACGAAUGGCCGGAAGUGCCCCAGUACUAGGCCUAGCGUAAAUUUGAUCAAAUCACUGUAACAUAUAGUGGAUACACAACUUCCUUAAGAGCGGAGGCGCCACAUUUGUAUGACUAACAUCAAGUUGCAGGCUCCUGUGGACAAGAAAUAAGCAGGGAAAUAAAGUAGUUGAACGGACUCCAAAAAAUGUCAUAGGCGCAACGUCGCAUUUGUAAAACCGAGCCAAGAUAAACAGCGGUUUCACAUCAAUCCUGCAACAGUGACGCUUUUGCCACAUCUAAGGACGUCAUCCUCGUGUUAAAAUUCCUCUAUUAGUCUCAUAUUUUCUCUCUCAUUAAAGAUGAAUCCAUGCUUCUGUAAGCAAAAACUAAAGCUGUGUAUUUGGAUAUUAGCUGAUUCACUGUCAUCAAAAUUUUAACCAUUCGGGUGUUUCUUGGAAUUAGCUAUUCCUGGGUGGGCCAUCUUAUCUUUUAAUUUUCCUACAUCUAGGCUAAUACGUGUUACUGAAAAAACACAAAACACACACACAUCUA